GUUGGGGACCAGAUGAAGUUGCUGCAGAACUGCUGGAGCGAGCUGCUGGUGUUCGACCACAUUUUCCGCCAGGUCCAGUACGGGAAAGAGCACAGCCUGGUGUUGGUGACAGGCCAGGAGGUGGACAUGUCCACCCUUGCCACCCAGGCGGGAUCUAUCCUGAACAACUUGGUGCUGAGAGCUCAGGAGCUGGUGCUGAACCUCCACGCCCUCCAAAUGGAUCGGCAAGAAUUCGUCACCUUGAAGUUCCUGAUUCUCUUUAGCCUCG